AUGACUGUUAACCUGUCGACUCCCAGUAACUACCCGGAGUGCCGGGAGCAACCUCGCCACAAGGCGGCGGACAUGUGGCUCCCCAUAACCUACGUGGCACUCAUGCUCAUUCUCUCCCUUGUCGGAAACACUCUUGUGCUGUUUGUCUAUAGCUGCAGAUGGCAGUCUGCUGGUGCAACAAAGUUCAGCGCCUUCUGGGGCUUCACCCUGUACACCACCACCGGCCUCGUUCUCGUAGUCAUCGCACUCAGCCGCUACUUUAAGGUCAACAAGAUUUUCAAGGCGGUCAAAGACGACCACUCGAAGGACCAGAUCUUUGAAAGAGUCAGUGCGAAGGUGUCAAAGGUCGUGACUUCCAGUCGAGGCGCCAAGAUCACAUCGCUUGUGGUAUUCCUUGUUGCUGCUGCCUUAAACACGUCUGUCAUCGAAAUGAACGGAAACUUUCCAGAUCAAAACUGCCUUUUCUAUAACUCAACCGGCAAGUUUUCAUGCUAUUUCGCCUGCGGAUUCGACACAAAUGCACGAGACAAAGCAGUUGCGUUCCUUAUCUUUAAAACUGUCGCCUUUGCCUGCAGCUCCGCCAUCAUGAUUUCUCUUUACGGGUUGGUGCAUGUUCGUGUCAAGGUUUUGGAAAUGCGCGAACUGGAGAUUAAAGCAAAAACUUGUCGAAGCCUGUGUUUGGAUCUUGUGACCAAGUCGGAUGCAGUGGACAGGUCAGCCGCCGCCCGAAAGCUAAAAUCCCAGAGCUUACAGCCAAUCGGCUCUUCUGAAGAGGAGGAGGCAGGUGGCGACUGCAAGCUGGAGUAUUUCCCGCAGCUGUCGUACCCUGGGGAAACGAGUCCUCAACACGUGCAAAGUACGCCGGAAGCUGACGAAAACAGUCUCAACAUUUCUCUGGGCUCGAGCACCGUUUGUCAUCACGAAGCCAAACAAAGCCAGAAAUCACGGAACGUCACUCUGAUGCUCAUGAUCAUCACCUUCGUUUUCACUAUGAGUUACCUCCCUUUCUUCGUCCUCAGCUUUAAGGAGCUGUACGAUAACGGGAACUGGUGUGACAUGUCCCUUAAUAAGUUAAUAGCCUUUGAAGUCUUUUCACAUUCUUUCCUCAUCUCCAGCGCCGUCAACCCUCUCGUCUACGGCUUUUGUGACCCCACCUUCCGCCGCGUGCUGUGGAGAACACUCAGAUGGCACAGAGAGAUCAUCUAG